CGUGCGUGCUGUUGAAAAAUAAGAAAACAAAAAGCUUUAGCUGCUUCGCCAGCUGAUAUCACCAGCAGCAAGCACAUUAUGAGGGGCUACUUUUGGCAAUUGGUCGGCAUAAGCUGUGCAAUUAAAGUGCUGCUGCUGCCCGCUUACUAUUCCACUGAUUUUGAGGUGCAUCGCAAUUGGCUGGCCAUAACGCACAGUUUACCGCUGAAUCGAUGGUAUUUGGACGCGACCAGCGAAUGGACCCUGGACUAUCCGCCCUUCUUUGCCUAUUUUGAAUGGCUGCUCUCACAGGUGGCCAAAUAUGUUGAUCCCAAUAUGCUGAUCGUACAGAAUUUGAAUUAUGCCUCGGUGAGAACGGUGCAUUUCCAGCGCAUUUCGGUGAUUAUCAUGGAUCUGAUAUAUAUGCUGGGCGUACGCUGCUGCAUGUCCGCCCUGGGCAUUGUGCCAGCCACCCAGAAACACAUAGCUGGCUGCAUGCUACUCUUCCUGAAUGUGGGCCUCAUAUUCGUGGAUCACAUACACUUUCAGUACAAUGGAUUCCUGUUUGGCAUACUGCUACUGAGCAUAAGUGCACUGCUCAGACAACGCUAUCUCUGGAGCGCCUUUGCAUUCGCCGUCCUGCUGAACUUCAAGCAUAUAUUCCUUUAUAUGGCGCCCGCCUUUGGCGUUUAUCUAUUGAAAUUUUAUUGCCUGGCUCAGGGCAAUUUUGGUCAAAAUACGCUUAGGCUGCUUGCUGUUGGCCUAGUACCAUUCGUGCUGUCCUUUGGCCCCUUCUGGCACCAAUUGCCGCAGUUGAUGUCGCGCCUGUUUCCGUUUAAGCGCGGACUUACCCAUGCCUACUGGGCGCCCAAUAUUUGGGCGCUCUAUAAUGCUGCCGAUAAGGUGGCUGUGAUUGCCUUGAAACGCACGACCGAAUCUGAGGCGACCUCGACCAGCUCCGGCCUGGUGCAGGAGGUGCAACACGUAGUACUGCCCACAAUAACACCGUCCAUUACCUUUGCGCUCACAUUCCUAUUUAUGCUGCCCAUCCUGAUUAAGCUCUUUAUGACGCGUAGCAGAGAACAUGCCAGGCUGCUGUUUUUGCGUGCCGUGGUACUUUGCUCCUGCUCCUCGUUCAUGUUUGGCUGGCACGUCCAUGAGAAGGCCAUACUCAUGUGCCUGAUACCAUUGUGCCUGCUUGCCUUGCUGGAUCGUCGGGAUGCCAGAUUUGCAUACAUCUUGGCCGUCGCUGGGUACUACUCGCUGUUUCCCCUGCUCUUCGAGGUCGAUCUACUUGUGCCGCGCUACUCCCUGUACAUGACCUACAUGGCCAUGAUGUAUGGCCAGCUUGAGCGCGUGUAUAAGUGCAAACCAAACUUUCACCUACUCGAAUGGAUCUACUUUCUGGGCUUCAUAACCAUUCCCAUCUAUGAGCAUAUUGUCAGUCGUUUGUUGGGCCUGCAUUUGCUAUUCCCAUUCAUGCCGCUGCUGCUCACCUCUGUGUAUUCCGGCUUGGGUGUGCUCUAUUUCUAUGUACGCUACUAUAUCUGCGCCAUGGACUUGAAGUGGCCGAGCUUUGGCAAGCGGCGCGUUACUCAAAUCAAAUCCUCAGCGACCAAAAGAAAACGCAAAACCAAAUAAAUAUGUAUGUACAUUCUUGUUAA